ACCUUCGACAACGUCGACGCCUCAUGCAAGUGAAGCUGAUCGCACGGAAGGCUCCAGGCCUCAUACGCCGAAGGGAUCUCGGGAUGAGCUGUACACCAUCGUCAGUCAGGUCGGAGAAGGGACGUUUGGCAAGGUCUACAAGGCUCGGAAUGCAACCACUGGUCUCCAUGUUGCCUUGAAGCGGAUACGCAUGGAAACGGAGCGCGAUGGUUUCCCUGUGACUGCGAUGCGAGAGAUCAAACUCCUCCAGUCCCUCCGUCAUGAUAACGUGGUACGCUUGUACGAAAUGAUGGCUUCCAACGGAUCUGUCUACAUGGUGUUUGAGUAUAUGGAUCACGACCUCACGGGGAUCCUCUCACAGACUCAGUUUCUUUUUACCGAUGCUCAUCUAAAAUCUCUCUGUCGACAAAUGCUCGCGGGUCUUGCAUAUCUUCAUCGCAAGGGGGUAAUCCACCGAGACAUCAAAGGUUCCAAUAUCUUGGUAAACAGCCGUGGCGAAUUGAAGCUCGCAGAUUUUGGUCUGGCGAGGUUCUAUCAGAAACGUCGGCGAAGCGACUACACGAACAGGGUAAUCACUUUGUGGUAUCGGCCGCCGGAGUUGCUUUUUGGGACGACAGUGUACGGGCCAGAGGUAGAUAUGUGGAGUGCAGGAUGCAUCAUGCUGGAGCUUUUCACCAAGAAGCCUGUGUUUCAAGGCGGCGACGAGGUUCAUCAGUUGGAGGUCAUUUUCAAGAUCCUUGGCACACCUACACCCGAACAUUGGCCAGGUGUAUCGAAUUUGCCGUGGUAUGAGCUUGUAAAGCCCAAGACCGCGAUCCCGAACCACUUCAAGGAGCUGUUCUGCAAGUGGUUGUCGCCAGCAGGAUUGCAUCUUGCGGAGCAAUUAUUGGCAUACGACCCGGAAAAACGAGUCACUGCUGCCCAGGCCCUCGAAGCGCCGUAUUUCAAGGACGAGGAUCCACCUCCAGCUAUGCCGAUUGGAUUGUCGUCCUUGGAAGGUGAAUGGCAUGAGCUAGAGACAAAGCUUGAAAGGGCUAAGAAGCGGCGAAAGACCGAAACUGGCAUUUUGUAGCGUCCCAUUGUUAUUUAUUUGACGGAAGACUACAGCCGGAACAAUGGCUUCUGACCUUGACGCGAGCCCAUCCAAUCAAUUCCAAGUUUAACACUC